AUGGAUGAUACAGUAAUUUCGCCAGGGCAUAAGAUGGGUGACUCGGCCUCGGAGAGCGAUUCGAGUUCUCUCGACGGCGGAGCUAUGUUACCUCCCAGCACUGUUACACGAGACCAACUUCAAAAAAGAAUUGAGUCACUACAGCAACAAAAUAGAGUAUUGAAGGUUGAACUUGAUACAUACAAGUUAAGAGUAAAAGCACUACAAGAAGAAAACCGAGCCUUACGACAGGCUUCAGUGUCAAUACAAGCUAAAGCAGAGCAAGAAGAGGAGUAUAUAUCUAACACUCUAUUGAAAAAAAUUCAAGCCUUAAAAAAGGAAAAGGAGACACUUGCUCAUCAUUAUGAAAGAGAGGAAGAAUGCCUUACAAAUGAUCUUUCUAGGAAAUUAAAUCAGUUGCGACAAGAAAAGUGCAGAUUAGAGCAAACAUUGGAACAGGAGCAGGAAUGUUUGGUCAACAAAUUAAUGAGGAAGAUAGAGAAACUCGAAGCAGAGACUCUUGCAAAACAAACUAAUUUAGAAAGGCUUAGGAGAGAAAAGGUUGAAUUGGAAAAUACUUUAGAACAGGAGCAGGAAGCCCUUGUGAAUAGAUUAUGGAAGAGGAUGGAUAAGCUUGAAGCAGAAAAACGUUCCUUACAAAUAAGACUGGACCAACCCGUCUCAGACCCAGCAAGUCCCAGGGACAUUAGUAAUGGAGAUACAGCGUCAAAUCUUAGUAAUCAUAUUCAGACAUUGAGGUCGGAAGUGGUCAAAUUAAGAAACCAAUUGGCGGUGUCUCAAAAUGAAAAUAAAGAGAAAAUGCAACGCUUUGCCUUAGAAGAGAAACAUAUUCGUGAAGAAAAUAUUCGCUUGCAUCGAAAACUGCAACAAGAGGUGGAGAGACGCGAAGCGCUGUGUAGGCAUCUAUCGGAAAGCGAGUCUUCGCUCGAAAUGGAAGAGGAGAGGCAGUUUAACGAGGCUUUUAAUGCGCGAUCACGCAGCGUGUCAUCCCCGGGUGGGUCGCGGCCACUGUCGCCCUACGCCACGCCUUUAAUGCCCACAGGACUACCUCUAUCUCGACCAGUAUUGCAUUUCAAUUCGCAGCAAAGCCGUCGGCCAAGCGAGCGGUUCGUAAAGCCGGCCGUCCCGGGGGUGAUUGGUUUGCCCCGGGGGCCAUUUGAAGCCCCCGCCCCGGCCCCGGCCCCACUAUCCCCGGCUCUGUCCCCGGCGAUGCCUCAACCAGCUAGCCCCAUGGACACAUCUUCUAAGGACUGA